AUGGAGAUUUGGCCGGGUAAACCUUAUAGAUUCUUGCUAUGGAACCCUUCCACUAGAGAAUCAAUAAUACUUCCCCAUUUAGAAUUUUCAGACGAGGAAUUAUAUGCUUACGGAUUGGGAUAUGACUCUACUAAUGAUGACUAUAAAGUCGUUAAGAUUGACAUUAAUGACCAAGUUGAUGAAAUUCUUGCGCUGAAAAGUGGUUCCUGGAAAAGAAUUCAUGAAACAUCAGGUAGGGUGGAUUAUUAUCGGAGAUGUGAAGGGGAAUGUUUGGCAUUUGUACAUGGAACAUUUCAUUGGUACGGAUAUUCCGGAGGGCGAGUUGUGGUUUCAUUGAAUAUUUCAAGUGAAAAAUACGAAAUAAUACCUUUUCCAGAAACAAGCGGGUUACAAAUUUCUUCAGACGAUGAGCUGGGUGUAUCAGUGUUAGGAGGAAUGCUUUGUGUUUAUUUUAGCAACGAGAUAACUUUUAAUUUAUGGGCAAUGAAAACUUAUGGCGUCAAAGAAUCGUGGACCAACUUGUUCACCAUACCAACUAACGAACAACAUCCUACCCCGAUGUAUAGGUUUUCAAAUGGUGAAGUGCUACUUAAUGUUUAUUGCU